UCCUCAAUCCUUAAGUCCGGGUCUUGAGUGUCAGCAGCGUCCUGUUCUCUUCGGUGUCGAUUUAAGAAAGGCCAUGAGUUGUGCUUGGGACCCAUAUAUCUGUCAAUUAGUAGGGGACGAGGAGGGAGCCGUGGCGGCAGCGGCUAUUUGCGGGUGUCAGCCCGGCUCGGAAUCAACAUGGGCGUGCUCGAAAGGCAGCCUGUUGGAAAAUAUCACGCAAGAGGAAAUUCAGAAGCUGGUCGUCACUGAACGUGAAUGCCUGUUCAUUAACGGGGUUAUGCUGGGCGGGAGAAAGUAUGCGCUUAUAAAUGACCAUUUCUGCGAUGAAGAGCCAUGGUUUAUCUUGAGGACCAAGGAUGGCACCAACGCGUCCAUCGUGGUGAGACGGACAAAGACAGCGGUCAUCCUUGCACUAGGGAAACCAGGGGACCCACGCAGCGGUACCAUUAACGAGUCAGUCUGCAAAAUCGCCAAAUACCUAGUUGACUCCGGCAUAUAAAUCUGUACGUCUGUCCGCCCCUUGGAAAGAUCUCGACUCCUGACUUACAACCCAGCUGAGGCCAAACCCCUUCCUACCACUAAGCAUUUUGGAGAUGGUUUUUCAUCUCACCAUGGUAAAGAAAUCUUUGACUCUCAUGCAAUGACAAAUAAACAUGUGUUCUAAGAAA